CGUUUUUGGCCACACCCCCGAAGGAGGCGCAACCAAUCAGGCUCUUCAGACCAUUCAGCGGGAGAAACGGAACAGAAUCGACAGCUCCAGGAAAGAGAAGACGAGACGAAUUUAGGUGGAAUUAGGAGAUAGAUUAUUGUGGGUUUGCAGAAGAAGAAUGAGGCGCUCAGCAGCUCCCAGCCAGCUCCUGGGUAAUGCAGUGAAAAAGCCUCGAUUUGCACCUCCUGGAGCAUCUACUUCAUGUCUUGUGGCUGAAUCCAAGCCCCUGACCCCUAAACUUGGAUUAGGCAAUGCACUGGAAAAGGUCCAGAGAAGUCUAGUAGCACCACCUCCGAGUAAGACAGGGUGUGAUGUCCAGCCCAAAACUGCACAGGCUGCUCCAGCCUUGUCCAGAGCUCUGGCUCGUGUUCUCAGUGCAACGGAAAGUAAGGAAAAUGACGCUGAGACGGAAUAUCCUGACAGUGGCACCAGAGACUAUGCAGAAGACAACACAACAGCAGGAGAGAAUGGCUCUCCUCAGUUGCCUCCCGCGUCUCCUCGAACCUCACAGCCUCCUGCAGGGUCGGUCCGUGUUUCUGGAGCUGCAGGCUCAGACUCUGCCUGCAGUCAGGAUGGAGUGCGUUAUUUCAGUGUGAUGUGGUGUAAGGCCAGUAAGAAGAAACACAAGCGCUGGGAAGGUGAUGCAGUCCUGGUGACAAGAGGACGCACAGCCACACUCAAAGACAUGGAGGGAAAGGACAUCGGCAAAGGUAGUGGCUACAAGGUCUCAGAGUUGGCCUCUCUUACCGAGGGACAGAGCCUCAUGAUUGGUGGGAAGGAGGUGGAGGUGAUGGGGGUCAUUUCUGCUGAGGACUUUGCCAGGGGACGUUGUUUCCAAGAGGUCCAAAUAGAGAAAGAGGAGCCACACACACAGUCGGCUCCACCCCCCCCUCGUUGUUUUGCAUCCAAACCUUUCUGCCCACCAACCCAGAUAGGAAGAGCAGCACAUCCAGGAACUGAACCAGAGGAGGAACAAACCUAUAGACUUCGCCAUGACCCCCUAGCUCCAGGCGCACUGGUGAUGCCCCGUCCCUCCCCCAACCACCAGUGGUCUAAUAACAAGUCAGGGCUUCCUGUAGUUGAUGUUGUGGUUGACCCAUACCUGACCACUCACCUGAGACCCCACCAGAGAGAUGGCCUGCUCUUCCUCUAUGAGUGUGUCAUGGGCAUGAGAGCUGUGGGUCGCUACGGUGCUAUCCUAGCUGAUGAGAUGGGUCUGGGAAAGACCCUCCAGAGUGUGGCACUGUCCUGGACGUUGCUCAAGCAGGGGCCAUAUGGCGGGAAACCAGUUGCUAAGCGUGUUCUUGUGGUUACACCUGGCAGCUUAGUGCAGAACUGGGGUGCAGAGUUUAACAAGUGGCUGGGCCGUGAGAGGAUAUGCGUUUUCACUGUGGAUCAGGACCACAGGAUAGAGCAGUUUGUGUUAUCUCCUCUGCACAGUGUCCUGGUGAUCAGCUAUGAGAUGCUGCUGCGCUGCCUGGAGCAGGUACGAAAAGUGGAGUUUGGUCUUGUAAUUUGUGAUGAGGGUCACAGAUUAAAGAACAGCAGCAUCAAAACAUCCUCUGCUCUCAGUAGCCUCAGAUGUAGUCGCAGGGUCAUACUUACAGGCACUCCAGUACAGAACGAUCUGCAGGAGUUCUAUGCUAUUAUAGCGUUUGUUAACCCAGGGAUACUCGGAUCAUCAACUGCUUACAGGAAAGUGUAUGAGGAGCCAAUUCUACGCUCCAGACAACCCUCCUGCACAGAGGAGGAGAGGGUUUUGGGAGAAGAGCGAGCAGUUGAGCUCUCUCGCCUGACUGGCAUGUUCAUCCUGAGGCGGACACAGGAGAUCAUCAACCGCUAUCUGCCUCCUCGUCUCGAUUGGACGUUGUGCUGUGACCCGUCCCCUCUGCAGCUAGAGCUUUACGGGCAUCUCCUGUCCCAUCGAAUCUUCAGAGCCUGCCUUCAGGGCUCCACGCAAACUCACACACAUCUGGCCUGCAUCACUGCACUGAAGAAGCUCUGUAACCACCCUGGUCUGCUCUACUCCACUGUCAAGGAGAGAACAGACCAGGGAUCAGUGGAGAGCUCAAUAUAUGAUGGUCUGGUAGAUCUCUUCCCAGAAUCCUACUCUUCAGGAGGAUUCAGCACUGCUGAUUCUGGGAAACUCCUUGUUCUGUCGGACCUGCUGACUGCCAUCAGACAGCUCAGCCCUUCAGACAGGGUGGUCGUGGUGUCCAACUACACUCAGACGCUUGAUUUGCUCCAGGACUUGUGUGUACACAUGGGCUACACCUUCUGCCGACUAGAUGGGCACACACCUACCAGCCAGAGACAGCGACUGGUUGAUAGUUUCAACAGCCCCUAUUCUCAGAACUUUGUGUUUCUGCUGAGCUCUAAAGCAGGAGGGGUGGGACUUAAUCUGAUUGGUGCUUCCCAUCUGGUGCUGUAUGAUAUUGACUGGAACCCUGCCAAUGAUAUUCAGGCCAUGGCUCGAGUAUGGAGAGAUGGACAGAAGAAGACUGUGCACAUCUACCGUCUCCUCACUGCAGGUACCAUUGAGGAGCGUAUAUUCCAGAGACAGGUGUCCAAACAGGGGCUUUCUGGGACUGUGGUUGACCUGGACAAAAGGGCGGAGCACACCAGCUUCUCCACCAAUGAACUGCGGGAUCUUUUCAGUCUGACAGACACUCCCUCUCUAACUCACGACCUGCUGAACUGUGGCUGCAGCAUGGACGGAUCAGUCCAGGCUGUCAUAGAGGAGGAGGAGGACCAGGUCUCUAGUAGGCCGUGCCAGCUCGGUCGUCAAGGUGACCGCGGGGUAGGGGCGGUGCAGAAGCAUCUCAGCAUGUCCGAGCUAAUGCAGUGGAGACAUUUCUCUGGUGACACACACACCUUCUCAGACCCCUACCUCGAUCAUGCACGGGACCACAUCACCUUCGCCUUCCAGACCACCAUCUCUCACAAAGCUCAGUAAACACGCACAAACUAGAAUCCACUUUAGAUAUAGAUAACUAACAUAGAUAUAUUUCUCCUACAUGUUUUUCUUCAGCCUCUCUGGGCUUUGUCUGCAGCCUGGCUACAACAUAUGACUCAACACUCAACAAUUGCUGCAUGUUUAACAACUUGCCAACAACAGCAAUACAGUUUCCGACAGUUUCAAAUGAAAUUGCUUGUGAGAUUCGUUACCUUGCCUUCAUAUUUUCUUUAUUUAUUCAAGAAAUUUACUGUAGAAUUUAAAAAUAAAUGUCAUUCAAAAGGAAUGUGUGUAAUAAACAGGCUUUUAAGGGAUUGAAAGAUUGUUACUGACUAAAGAAUUCUUGCUGUGGAAAGAAAAGCAUAUUAGAUGCAUGUAUGAAUGUGACAGAUUGGUAUUUGUGUGCCAGGUAUGUUUUAUAUCCACAUACUGUAGAUAAGCAUGCAAGAUAGGUACUUCUGUUUCCAUCUAGAGUAAUAUUUUCUGUGUAAAUUAGAGGGUUUACAGUAUGUUUUAUAUCCACAUACUGUAGAUAAGCAUGCAAGAUAGGUACUUCUGUUUCCAUCUAGAGUAAUAUUUUCUGUGUCAAUUAGAGGGUUUACAGUAUGUUGUUCUGAGGCAUGUUUAAGUGACACAGAGGCUGGGUGGUAUGGAGAGAAUGUCUUUACAGCCAUUCAUUCAAAAGAAUCUAGUUUAUGGCUGUCUGCAUAGUGAAUAUGCCACUUGGACCUGAAUGUUCUGAUAGAAGAAUGAGGGCAAUUGUGUUUUGCCUGAAUUGUUGUGCUUGAUGUCACAGUUUAUUAUAAUAUGACCUUACACUUUAGUGUCUAGUAAAACAGCGGCGUUUUAGAUGGGGGACAUACUGCAGUCUGUUCAGUCUGUCAUUUUGGAUAACACUAGUUUGUUCAUAUUCUUCGGCACAAAGCGGCUACGUGGGAGUUAUGUUGUUGUGUACUGCUACAUGUGCGUUUUUGUGCAAGUGUGCGUCUGUGUGUCCUGAAUUUACAUUUGAUUCGUGUUUGGCUCUGUCAGAUUGACUGAGCUACAAUACAAUGUGUGCCUGUACAUAAACGGAGUAAUUAGUACUUAUUGGACGAUCAGCACUCUGUGUGCUUGUUAAGCAAGGUUUUUGUGUAAUAACUGGGUCUCUGGGAUGUUAAACUUGGCCUUUAUGCAUUUGACGAUUGAAGCUCUGUACCCUGUCGGGCUGUGCAGCAUGUUGUAGACAGUGUGGCGAUUAUGCAGACACCUGCUGUUUUUCUGUGGGCACAGUGUGAAUUUAAACUGUUAAUGCCAGUUCUAGGUCAGGUUUCAAAGUCUCCAGCCUCAUAUGAACCUUAAAUAGUACCUAGUAUAUUAAUUAUAUACUUUUCUGUGAGGGAUCCAAUGUAGGGCCCCAGAAGCUCAUCAGUUUAGGAUAGUAUAAUUAGACUACGAGUCUACAGCCAGGCUAGUGGCUCUCUGAGGUUGUACUUUGAGCUCAAUGCUAACAUCAGCAUGCUAACAUGCUCACGUGCUCACAACCACUGCAACCAACAAUUAUUUUUGUUAUCGAGUAAACAUAUUAAAUCGUUUGGUCUAUAAAAUUUCAGCAAAAAGUGGGGGAAAAAAACCUAUUGCAAUUUCCCACAGCCAAAGUUCACGUCUUAUUUUGUGCUACCAAAAGUCCAUAACCCAAACAUAAUCAGUUUACGAGAGAAAAUAGUCACAAUUGCAAAGCUUAAACCAGUGAGUCUUGAGUUCAUAUCCAGCAGGGGGCCUUUGCUGCAUGUUAUUCCCCUCUUUUUCUCUUCCCUCCUUUCCUAUCUGCCUCUACACUAUGAACUGUCCAAUAAAAAGGUGACAAUGCCACAAAAAAAGACUUACAUUAUGAAACAAAUAUAAAAAUAGUUACUGAUUAAUUUUCUGCCGAUCGACUAAUUGUUACAUUCACAAUGGUAACUGGGUGAUAUUGAGCAGAUAUAGCAUUUACUAUGUUCAGCGUCUUAGUUUUGAAUGUUAGCAUACUAAUAUUUGCUAUUUAGCACUAAUCACAGCAGCAGAGACUAAGGGGAAAGUCGUUUUGCAAGCAUUUAGUCAUAAAUUAAAGUAUUUUAAUCUGAUAAUGGGAAGGGAUCUUCAAAUUGAUUAGAAUUCAUACUCAAGGGGACAUAAAUGUCUAUACCAAAUUUCAUGACACUCCAUCCAAUCCUUCACACAAAACCAUAAAUGUGAACCUCAUGCUGGGGAUAGAGGAAACAUCAGGGAUUCAUGCUCUUGGCACCAUUAAUGUCUGUGCAAAAUUUCAUGACAACCAACCAGAUAGUUGUUGAGAUAUUUCAGCCAGGACCAAAGUUUUCGACCGAUUGUUUGACUAUCCCUAGAGCCAAUAGCAUGGCUUAAAAACACAUCUUAACCACAAUACAAAGUCCAUGAGUCCAGACAUUACAGAGACUUAUACUGGAAACAGUGGUGGCAUGGCAACUGUCACCACUGUUUCCAGUAUGACCAAGCAACCUACUACAGCUACUGCCCUGGCCUGGCCUGGCUAUGGCAAUGUAAGAUACUGUAUUGGAAUGGGACACGUGUCUGACAGACGAGUGUCACUCGUCCAAGCAGGAUAUUGAUCCAAAUCACCUCUCUGACAGUCUCAGAAGCCAUGUGCUGGUGGGCACAUGAGGUGGAAUUUGUCUGUAUGUCUGUCUGCGCAAAGCUCUUACGAGCCGCUGCUGGCCGAACUGCCAAUCCCUCUUUUAAGCCGUGCGUUCUAGCCCCGUCAGCUCAAAGACCUGGCGUAUGGAUUGAAUGAAUGAGUUUCAACUGCUGGAGGGGGAGAAAGGGAUACUGUUGUUUUGAUGGAGAGACUGAAUCACAGAUUGGUGGUGUGUUCCCUGUGACCUCUUUGGAAGGUCUGAAUGUAGUGUAGAUGGUGAAACAUCUGAGGUGAAAGUUCUCAUAUUUCAUUCAGUAUCAGUCUGAGAAUAAUUGACGUUCAAGAUUUGUGUUGUUUUAAAGAAAAGAUUAAGAUACUCGUGCAUCAUUACUGGCAGUAAAUGCAGUCUGUACUUCGCAGGCCUUUAGCAGACCUCCUGUUUUUGUGCUUUAGGGCUUUGAGAUGUAAUCUCCAGGGAUGAUAGCACUAGACUGGAUACACUUGAGUGUCAGUGGUUUAUUAGGGACACAGAUUUGAAAUAUCCUCAGCAGCACAGUGGAUUUCAUGUCUAACAUCUUGUGCUGAUAAAACAACUCACUGUCCUCUGAAAUACAAAUACAGGCUCAGUGUGCUGGACUCCCCUUUCUCCGUAGGAGAGUUGGACAGUGAUACUACCCUACUUGACAAAAUUUAAAUUAAAGGCUUGUACCUCCAUUUUGUUUUAAAAUCUGAUCAAGUAACACGUUUUUCCCAAAUAAGCAGAGAAAUUUUAAAUUGGAUUGACGUAUAAAGUUUGACAUCCUCGUGAUAAUGUCACCUCUUUGCGUGGACAGACAACCAUCAAAAUUGUUCUCCCUUUGUUUUGCUUCUCUUUACCUCCCUACUUACUACUUGGACAGAAAUUUGAUUGUUGCAGCUUCACAAAUGUUGCAUCAUAGUAAACUGAAUGUUUUUUGGGUUUUAUACUGUUGGUUGUACAAUAAAAGCAAUUUGGAGACGUCAUCUUGGGCUCUUUUUUCUGACAAUUAUCAACCAAAUGAUUAAUUGUCAUAUAAUCGCAAUAAAAUGAUUCAUAAUCAGUAAGGAAAACAAUCAUUAGUUGCAGCCCUAGAUUUAGCAAGCAUAGGCAGCGUGGUCUGUAUUCAGCGUAAUUUAUGCUCAAUUUAAACUGAAGUAUUGACAGAAUAGUAUCAGUUGAAUUAAUUCAAACACAUUAAGUAUGUGAACUGUUACUACUCUUCCUUUGAGAGACAGUGCCACAUCCAAAGUGUUGCAUUAUUAAUUGCCUUACGCUCCAUCUUAAUGGCAUUUCAACUGUUGGGAUCUCACUAGGAGUCGUGAGAUCAGACUGGGGCUGAACUGAGCAGCUUCUGUGUGUGAAUGUGUAGCUGUGUAAGUGUGAACAGGGCCUUCCUGAAAAAGAGAGCAUUACUCUCAACGGAUCUUUCCCCUGGAUAACUAAAGCUAUUGAUUUCCGCACUGUCUAAUUAAAUACUGAGCAAGCUGUUGUGUCUGCUCUCCCAACAGCCUGUUAGUUGGCAGUAACUUGGUUGAUUAGUUGUAAACCACUAUGCCAUUUGAAGUUGCCACAAGCCAACUUUGUAAAUCUUUUGAGAAAUUUAAAUUUUGCUACUGCUGUACAAUGUUUUUACAACUGUAUUGAUCCAGAG